AUGGACUCCAAAGAAAUGCGAGUCGAAAGAGCUAUCCAAUAUGCCAUGGCCAACGACCCCUAUUCUCGUUACGUCCCGUCUGAGCGACGCCUAUUUGAACAACCCCAAAAUCUGUGGCAAGCGAUCAUUAAACACGACUCCGAGAUUCUGGACAUCAGAGACUAUUACCAAAGCAAGUUUGCCAAGAUGGAGGCCGAGAAGAACGAGGUGUUGGCGACGAAGAAGAGAGAUAUCGCGGCUUCCUCCGAGGAGAAUGAACAGUUAAAGACCGAACUCCAGAGACUGAAGUCUGAUUUGGCCUCCAAGUCCGAUUACAAGGAGUUGAAGGAGAAGAAUGAUCGUUUGAGCCUUGAACUAUGUUACGCAAAGAGUGGAUUCUAUUGGCAUGAUGAGAUGGUAGAAGAACAUCAUGGAAAGCCGAAUCAGGAUGGAAUCAAUUCCCAAAAUACUGCUGGUAAUAAGGAGGAUCAAAAUCACGGGUCGCAGAUGGCAGAUGUCAAGAAGGAGAAAUUGGCCAAGGGCGAGGCUGGGAACUUGAAGCACGAAGCUCUUAGCGUCCAAUCAAAACUUGAUUCAGCGAAACUCCAUCUUGCCUUGCAUCGACGGAGAUAUCCUGCCGCUCGAAUUGCUUCUUCAGGAACAAAGAAAGCUACUUAUGGUUGGGCCAACUAUGUUUUGUUACUCAUUGCUAUCUGGACGUGUACUCUAUUCGUGGCUAGUCCUUUCCCAGCGGUACCAUCGAUGUCCAUUUUAGCCGUCACACCUUAAGCUUACUGGACGUCUACAAUGAAGUUCUUCCCCCCUGGAACUUUCCAUUGGCCGCUGGCAAUGUUCAUCUGUCAUCCGAGAAUCUUCCGGUCACCAUAAAUGAGGGAGAAUUAUUCUCCGAGAACCUUCCAUUCAGAAUAGGAGAGAGAGAAUUGUCUUCCGAGAGUACCACGAACAGCCUGCAAGCUGAUAAUGACCAAGUUUGUCCUGAUAGUUCUGGAGCUUGUGAAGAACCUUGGGAUACCUCAUCUGACGAAUCACAAGGCCUCAAAGAUUCCUCGUACGAAUAUUGGUUGAAUUCUAGUCAGGUUGCCGUCCCUCAAAGCGAACCAGGUACUCGCUUGUCUUGGACAAUCGAGACUGUAGCUUUCAAUGCAGCGUGGAUGUUUGGUGCAUGGAAGGCAUACCACGCUUUUGAUUCCUGGUUCCACCAGAUUUGA